UCUUUUUCUUUAAAUUGUGUAAUAAACGAAAAAGAGAGAGUGAAAGAGAGAGAAAUAGAGAGAGAGAGAGAGAGAGAGAGAGAGAGAGAAAUAGAUAGAUACAUAAGGCUAGAGGAAAAAAAAAAGUAAGGAAGAUUGUAUUACGCAUCAAUUUAGAAUUUGAAAGAAGAAGAAGAAGAAGAAGAAGAAGAAGAAGGAGAUAAAAAAAAAACAAGUGGAUCCACGUGUAAGAAGACGAAAUGGUUGCGAAGGAUUCGAAAGUUGUCACAGCGGAGCUGAUGAACCCUUACGAGAAACCACCGGCUAUGUCCACUGGUCAAUCGUUGAAGACUUUCUUGUAUAAUCAUGAGAGUGGUGCUUUCAUGGGCAGGACCGUCAGUAGUUGGGGUAAAAUAGGGUUGUUCUAUUUGGUAUUCUAUGGAAUACUAGCAGCAUUGGUUGCAAUUUGUUUUUGGGGUUUCUUUCAAACUCUUGAUCCAAGGAUACCUCGAUGGCAAUUAGAACGUUCUAUAAUCGGAACUAACCCAGGAUUGGGUUUUAGGCCGAUGCCACCAGUGGAAAAUGUGGAAAGCACAUUAAUUUGGUACAGAGGAACAGACAGUGAAAAUUUUAAACAUUGGGUAGAUUCUCUUCAAACCUUCUUAAAGGAAUACAUAACACCUGGCUCUAUUCCUGGGCUUGGUGCUAAUAUUAACAAAUGUGAUUACAAUCAGCCACCACCACCUGGAAAAGUUUGCGAUGUGGAUGUAAAAAAUUGGCAUCCUUGUACAAAGGAAAAUAAAUAUAAUUAUCAUAAAUCGGCGCCAUGUAUUUUUCUUAAACUGAACAAGAUUUAUGGCUGGAGACCGGAAUUUUACAAUGACACGGAAUCCUUGCCGGAAAAAAUGCCACUUGAUUUGAAGGAACACAUUGCAAGUUUAAAAGAUAAAAAUUCUUUAACACUCAAUACAAUUUGGGUCUCUUGCGAGGGUGAAAAUCCUGCUGAUCAAGAGAACAUAGGGCCAAUUAAUUAUUUACCACGACGAGGUUUCCCCGGUUACUUUUAUCCCUUUGAAAAUUCAGAAGGAUAUUUGAGUCCAUUGGUCGCUGUUCAUUUUGUAAGACCACGUACUGGUAUUUUAAUAAACGUGGAAUGCAAGGCAUGGGCCAAAAAUAUUAAACAUAGCCGCCACGAUAAAUUAGGUGCUGUUCACUUUGAACUAAUGAUAGAUUAAUGUUUUAAAAUGCAGAUCUUUUUUCGAUUUAUAUUUUAAAUAUAAAUACCUGAGCUAUCAUCAAUUUUUAUACCUCUUAGGUUCUGCAUAGAACCUGACAAUAUGUAUUUCAUCUUUAAUAAAUUAUUACAUGUUUCUAAGCAUUUUAUCGCCAUGUGAAUCGUGUAGGAAGUGCUUAGAGUACAAAAAUAAAAUAUCCUGGGAAUAAUAGUCCCUUAAAUUUAA